GACUCCGCCCCCACCGGGCUAGUGUUUAUUCUGUGGAGUCAACAUGGCGGCGGUGGAUGUCAUUGUGGACAACCUGGUGGCACUCUGGAGGAUAUCAUCCGUCCGACAUAACUUCCCCUGGAUAUUCCUACUAAUUUCAGUCGUGGGGUCGAUUCUGAAGGAGCUGGAGCUCGUCCCGCAGACAUAUUUCAGCAGCAGCAGAAAUGCCCUGAACGUGUAUUUUGUCAAAGUGUCCUGGGGGUGGACACUGCUGCUGUUGACACCCUUCCUCCUCCUCUCCAACUCCUCCUUCAGCAGGAGCAUCACCUUCCUCGGCCGGCGGCUGAUGUCUCUGGCAGUGGCCACGGCGGUGUGGUAUGUCUGCACGGAGACCUUCUUCUUUAUCGAGGACGUGAGCGGCGCUUGUUAUGAAAACACCGCCAGGAGUGUCACAAACAAUGAGUUCACGUCCAAAGUUACCUGCAGGCGGGCCGGCUUCCACUGGGACGGCUACGACAUCUCGGGGCACUCCUUCAUCCUGGCCUACUCUGCUCUCUUCAUCAUGGAGGAAACCGCUCCAAUGGCCUCCAUUAGGACAGCCAGCCUGUCGGCACUGCCCAAGAUGGUCCUAAACCUGCUAUAUGUGGCCUUGAAUCUCAUUCUGAUCAUUUGGGUGUGGAUGUUUGCCUGCACCUCUGUUUAUUUCCAUGACCCAUCUCACAAGUUGCUAGGCACCAUAUGCGGCCUGUUAGGGUGGUAUCUGACGUAUCGGGUUUGGUAUCUUAAGCCUUUGUCACCAGGACUCCCCCCUCAGCGACACCCAAAAGAACAGAAACAACAUGCCUAAGCUGAGCAUAUGGCAUCCUCUACAAGAUUGAUGCUGUCCUUAAAAUAAACACACUAUAUCUGACAUAAUCUGGGUCCAAGAUGGCCAUGCUAGCUAUUUGAAGUUAUUCCCCCUCCUCACAGAAAGAUCACUUUGUUAAAGAUGUUUGACUUGCUCUUACUUCCCAGUAUUUGGCAGCUGCCGAUCCCAAAAUGACUCUUUGUAAUCUGAGAUAAAAACAAGACGCUGCUCUGCUGUCUGGCUUCAACCCUCUGUGUCUCAUGCUACGUUAAUGUUUGUGUCUGCCUUAUAGUUCAUUACUCAUGGUUGAUUAAUGACACUUCCUAGAUAUGAGUGGGAACACUAGAGAAUGUUUACAGCUCCAGGUAUAUAGAACUGAUGUGUUUUUACAGACCAAUGUACAGAAGAUGUUCAUUGUUAUUUAUUUCAGAAACUAUCCUCAGAGCACAUCCACCACUGAAGCUCAGUGAACCUACCUUUUCUCCUACAUGUAGGAUUUAAAUGACUGUUCGCUAUCACGUGUGAUUUGGGGUUUUUGCAGCUGUGUGUCAACAUUGUGUGCAAAGUUUGCUCAGAGGAUGUAGAACUUCAAUAAUCACAGUCAUAAAAUAUGUACUACUUGUAAUGCUGGAGAUAUUGUGCCAGACCUAACAGUUAUUUUUUCUCUACUAAUUGUUUGGUCUGUAAAUGUCACAAAAUAAAUAUGUUAGGAUUUCUGUGGUUCAACGUUUAGUUUCAGCUCUAACUUUUCUUAUCAACAGUCUAAUGAGGUCAUUCAGUUCGUCCCCUUGUUUAAUAUCAUUAAGUUCUGCAGAACCUUAAAAAGGUUAAUGUGCCAAUGAGUUUUAUUGUUGUCUAAAAACUAUUAAAAAAACACAAAACUGA